AUGCAAGCUGCCAUGCGGACUGGCGGGUCCCUGGCAGGGCCAGCAGCAGGUGCAAGGCAGGCCGAGAGCCAAGGGGAGGGGCGAAAAGAGUGGAGGAAGGAGGUGUGGAGAGGGGAGGGUGGCGAGCGCAGGAGGCUGGUGGCAUACGAGUCGUGGCGGCACAAGCUCAAGGACCAGAUCACUCAGCUUGACGCCAUGUGGGCCUCUGUGGAGCGCAAACGGAAGGAGCUGCGGCGGGUGAACAGCGUGAAGAUGCAGCUGGACGGGCAGGUGGACGAGAGUGCCAUCGACUGGGACGCCCGCCUGCUGCCCCCGUCCGCGAUGAAAAAGGCGCGUGAGGUGGUGGCGUGGUGUGAUGGCGAUGGCAUGGUGGUGUCCUCGCCCGUGCCCACAUGGAAGUGUGCUUCACGUGCUGCCAUGGCAAGGUGUGCAGUCAUGGUAAGGUGUGCUGCCAUGGCAAUGUGUGCUGCCAUGGUAAGGUGUGCUGCCAUGGCAAUGUGUGCUGCCAUGGUAAGGUGUGCUGCCAUGGUAAGGUGUGCUGCCAUGGCAAGGUGUGCUGCCAUGGUAAGGUGUGCUGCCAUGGCAAUGUGUGCUGCCAUGGUAAGGUGUGCUGCCAUGGUAAGGUGUGCUGCCAUGGCAAGGUGUGCUGCCAUGGCAAUGUGUGCUGCCAUGGUAAGGUGUGCUGCCAUGGUAAGGUGUGCUGCCAUGGCAAUGUGUGCUGCCAUGGUAAGGUGUGCUGCCAUGGCAAUGUGUGCUGCCAUGGCAAGGUGUGCUGCCAUGGUAAGGUGUGCUGCCAUGGUAAGGUGUGCUGCCAUGGUAAGGUGUGCUGCCAUGGCAAGGUGUGCUGCCAUGGCAAGGUGUGCUGCCAUGGCAAUGUGUGCUGCCAUGGUAAUACUCGUUCCCCCUCCCUUCCCUCAUGUGCGCCCCACCUCUCACACCCUCCUCCCCCGUUUCCCGUACCACCCUCCACUCCCUGGGGAGAAAGAGGACAAGCUGCUGGGUAAUUCGGACGGGGAAGGGGGAAAGGGUGGGGGGAAAGGGAUGGGGGAAAGAGGAAUGCAUGUCAUGUCACUCCCUUCUCAUGUCCUAACACUCGUCCCCCUUUUCCUCCCUCCUCGUCUCCCCCCUCCCCUUGGCGCCUCGCAGGCGUAUGCAUGCAACGCGUCGGUGGAGGAGAUGCGGCGCUAUAUGGACUUUGAGCCGCAGCAGCUGUGCCCCGACGACUGGUUCCACACGCAGGACCUGCUCUUCGCCAACAACUGCUUCGCUCUGCCCACGCGCCGCUGCCUCACCCGCACCUCACAGCAGCUCCCCACCCCAUUCCCGGAGUCGCUCUUCAGCCAGGGCACACUGAAGGACGGGGCAGUGCGGUGGGCGCUGCACCACUGCAAGUCCUUCGCCUGCCUCAAUGCGCGUCUCAUCGGUGACUGCCGCCUGUGCUACAACAUGACCAUCGAGCGCAACCGCUGGCACCGCCACUUCCGCGGCUCGCUGUCCAGCAAGGAGUUCAUCAACACGAUCAACGGGACGGGACCCUCAGGUGGGCGUGAUGCGUGGAUCGGGCUGGACGCGGGCGGCAACACGGGCAGCUUUGCGGCGCACAUGGCGCGGUACAAUGUGACGGUGAUGACCACCGCCAUGAACAUCGAGACCGUCACCGGCCGCCGCCAGGGCCUGCCGUACAUGGAGACCAUCGCCCUGCGCGGCCUCAUCCCGCUGCACGUCCCCCACAAGAUGGCCCCGGGGCGACGGCUGCCGUUUAUGGACGGCACGUUGGACAUGGUGCACUGUGUGAACAGCAUUGAGUACCUGCCCAUCCAGGAGUUUGAGGAGCUGCUCUACGACUGGGACCGCGUGCUCCGAGUCGGAGGGGUGCUGUGGUUUGAGAUGUUCUACGCGCCGAUGGACGAGAUGCCCGUGUACGCAGCGCUGAUCAGGGCGCUGGGGUACAAGCGCCUGUACACACGUGCUGCCCAAGCCCGACCUGGGGGAGCGCGUCGGCGCUCACAUGUACCUCAACUACCUGCUCCAGAAGCCCCUGCGCCCUGA